AUGUCUGCAUUUGCUGCCGACGACCCCGAGGCCCUGGACUCUUCGUACGCCGAGCAUGACCCCACGGAGACCACAACCCCUCCCAUCCCACCAGAGCGAUCCAGUCCCGACCCAGAAGGCCCCCACGGCCGCAGUCGCUCAACAAAUCCCCUCCUAGGUGGCGACAAUGGUGUUUCAGAUCUGGAGCAAGAAGUGCUAGAUGAAUACUCUCGUCUCCUGCGAAAUGUGAACCAGCUCUCCGAUAAACUUGCCGAUCUCGCCGACUCACCCUCCUCCAUGACCCUCGAUGGGCUCCGCCUGCUGGAACGGAAGACUGCUACCGUGUGUACGCUGCUCAAGGCGAGCGUCUACAGUAUCGUAUUGCAGCAGCAAAUUUGGAAUGAGAGUGAAGAACAGCAGCAGCAGGGCCAAGAGGAUCAGCAAUUUGUGGAUCCGGAAUUCGAGCAUCCUGGCGGUUAUGACGUGGACGGGGAUAUGACAUUCCAGUGA